AUGAGCGGCCUCAUUCAAUAAUAAUAAACGGAAAGUGAAACGGGUGAUUGUUUAAGUCAACAUAUCUACCUCUGAACAAGCUUGUGAUAAUGCCUGUGUGUGACAUCUGCUGUGAAGAGCUCCUAUCUGAGGCAGAGAUGAGAACCCAUAUCCUCCUGAGUCACACAGAGAAUGUGAUGGCCUGCCCGUUCUGCUCUUUGUCCGGCGUCUCAUAUGACGAGUUGAACUUCCACAUCAACACUGCACAUAUAGAGAAAGACUGCCAGGACACGAGUGCAACAGUGGUUGACAGUGGACAGAAAAGCUCAAAUGACUGGAUUGCUCAAAGUCCCAAUUCUACAAGGACUUCCAAUGUGAAUGCGAAAAAUAUGGACAAGGUAUCUCAAGCCUCGCCUCAGUCACCGAGUACAGGGACCUCUCUUUCUCAGGGAACCUCGACUAAUCUGAAGAGUCCACCACCUGCAGCAGCCACAGCGAAUGGUGCCGUAAAACUGGUCAGAACUACACAAAAUUCCAGCAACAACCCAAGCAACGAGAGGGAAGAUGGGCGGCGAAAAUCAAAGCAGAAGCGUUUGUCCUCACCUAUUAAAGAAGGGUGCUUUGCAUGUCCAAUGUGCAGCUUGGUCUGCAAAGACUGCUUUAUUCUGCAGGAGCAUGUUGAGCUUCAUCUACAGGACCAAGCUGAAGGGGCUGGUCCUGAGGUUGGCACUUCAACAGAAGUGUCUUCUACAAGCAGUGGUAGAUCAGGUGUGAUGCGCUACGAGUGUCCAAUGUGUUCUCUGAGUUGUUCUAGUAGCUCCUCCCUUCAAGAGCAUGUUGAGCUACACCUGGAAUAUGGCUCAGCAUCUGUAACCGGUAUGUGUAUAUUAAUAAGACAUUCAUCUGAAGACCUGACUCUGGCCAGGAAGCUUCAGGAGGAAGAGCAGCAAAAGUGGAGGGAGGCUGCAACUAGACGGGAAGCAGAGGACUUUAAGAAGCUCCAGAAGCAGUUUGGGCUUGAUAACAGCGGUGGUUAUCGCAAGCAGAUGGAGAGGAAUAUGGAGAGGGCUGUGUCUCGAGGUCAGAUGGUUCCUGCAGAGUUCCACAGGAAAAAAGCGGAGAUGCUUGAAUCUCUGGCCUCCGGGGUGGAUGAUGGCAGAAGCAAAACAUCAGGACUUAUGGGAGCUCUGUACAGGUACUAUCAGAGGGAUGCCUCUGACUGUGCACAUGUGUGGCUCUGUGCUGAGACUGAUCACUACUCUUCAUCGGAGGGGGACAAAGGUUGGGGAUGUGGCUACAGAAACUUCCAGAUGCUUCUUUCAUCUUUGCAUAGGAUGGAGCAGUAUAACCUUUUACCUGUUUCAGUUCCCAGCAUUCCGAGAGUGCAAGCCUUAAUUGAGGAGGCUUGGGGUCAAGGCGCUGAUCCUCAGGGUGCUUCACACUUCAACCAUCGACUGCAGGGGACACGGGCUUGGAUAGGAGCUACAGAAAUCUAUGCAGUUCUCACCUCCCUUAGUGUGAAAGCGCAAAUUAUGGAUUUUCACAAGCCCACUGGUCCAGGAGACACACACCCCAGACUGUUUGAGUGGGUGAAACAGUAUUUCUCACAUUCUGCCAGUAGGGGUGCAAGACUGCCACCCAAAAUAGUGCAGACGACAUUACCACCUAUAUACCUCCAGCACCAAGGCCACAGUCGCUCUAUAGUAGGAGUGGAAGAGAAAGUAAAUGGCAACAUAUGCCUGCUCCUCUUCGAUCCGGGGUGUGUACCAAGGGAAAUGAGGAAGGUGCUGUCACAGGAUACAGCAGCUAACGUGGUACGACGUGUGCGCAAAUUCCCCGGUAGCCUAAAACACAGACAGUAUCAAGUGGUUGCUGUAGAAGGGCUGUUAAUGCCUGAAGAGAAACAGAGCCGCAUUCUUAAUUCAAGGACACUAUGUGCUGAGAAAAUUCCUUGAUGGAAUUGUCCACAUCUGCUGGCUGCAAUUUUAUCUACCAUUCCUGCUACUUUUAUCAACUAGUGCCUUUAAACAGACUGCGAAAAACUGUAUUUUUGUAUAAAUGUCAAUAAAAAAUAACACAGA